CGCAGGUCACAGGUUGGUGACCUGUUUUCCCGGAGCUCCCGCAACAACAGCUUCCUCCACUGGACUGGAGGGCGGCAGCUUCGACCACCCCGGGCCGCGGAGUUUGAACCGGCCCGUUCGUGGAGCUCGGAUUCAGACGCGGGACUGACUUACUUACCAUCAGCCAGCGGGGUCACAACAUCAGCAGCCUGGAUCGCCUCAGCGCAGAUGGAGAACAAGGAGGGAAGAGACAAAGACUAAGACUUUUGCCUUCCAUCACAGUGUGGAGGUGCCUGGUGAACUUACUGUGGUGGGUGUUAAAAUUUUGUUUAUUGUGUGUUUUUGUUAUUUUAUUAUAUGUAUGACUGCAAGGCACGACAUUUCGUUCAGACCGAAAGGUCUGAAUGACAAUAAAGGAUACUUUACUUUACUUUUUUACUUUUUACCUGCAAUGCCCAAAUCCUGAACAUGAACAAACAAAAGAUAUUUUGGAAGUGUCCCAAAACAUCAUCUGUCCUUUCUUUCCAAAGAAGCUGCCUAACCCAUUGAGUUCCCCAGCACUCUGUGUUUUGUUUAUGAUUGUACAGCUGAUAGAGCCGCAGCUUCACAGUUCCAGAGUCCCGGGUUUGAUCCUGACCUUGGGGCACUGUCUGUGUGGACUUUGCACGUUCUCCCUGUGACCGCGUGGGUUUCCACUGGAUGCUCAGGUUUCCACCUAGUCCCAAAGACGUGCGGGUUUGUAGGGUGAUUGGCCUCUGUAAAUUGACCCUAGUGUGUAGAGAGUGGAUGAGAAAGUGGUUUAACAUAGAAUUAGUGUGAAUGGAUGAUCGAUGGUCGGCAACUCAAACAAAUGAUCUUCCCUGACAUCAGGUAAGGAAUUCUGGAAAGUGCUUUUCCUCUGAUCGCUAUCUUGCUUGGGCAGUUUUGUGCGUUAGAUACUCUGGAUUUCAACCUAUGUCUGAAACGAGGCUGGAACGCUGUCAGGAGUGCAGCGUCUUUUUCAAAAUCAUAACUGAAUGUCGGAGAAUCUAAGUGGGAGGCUGACUCAAAGGAAAAGUACACAUGCCUGAAGUGGUGAAAGGUCAAAUGACAAUUGUUUGGGAAGAAAUAACACCUUUACUCAAAAAAAAAGUCACCUGCAUUAGGGAUGUGGAGGGGAAAAUCUUAAUUCCAUUCAAGAUGGAGCUGCAUAACACAUGGGGUGUGUGAUUGUAUGUCUUGUAGGCUGGCUGGCUGAACGCAUAAGCCAACAGCGUUCUCAGUUUGAUUUCAACUCCGUUCUCAUGAAGGGUGGUCAGCAUAGAAUGUUAAUUUUCUCUCUCCAGAUACUGCCUUGACCUGGUGAAUGUUUUCACAAUUAUUUGUUUUUAUUUCGCUCAAGCUGUUCUGGAAUCCAUCUCGUUGAAACGUAAUGUUUGGAAUCAGGACUACUGCUUCAUUUUCCUGACAAGCUUAUCAAUUCCGGUCAUGUCUCAGUGGGGCUCUGCUUCCAAUAAAUGUCUGAAUACUGCAAGCUAAUUACAUUGUUGCAGUUAAAAUCGUGCCAUACUGAAUGUUCCACACAACCAAACAAGCAUCAUUUAUUCUCCUAAUGUCCAACGCAUUGUGCAAUUUUGUGGGAAUUCUGAACGAAAUGCAUUAACCUCAGCUUGAAGGCGUUUUGUUAAUGCAGACAGUGAGGUGAAAUUAACGGGCACCAUUCAUGCAGUCGAGAGUUCACGCGUUGGCUAAAUUCUAAUUAGAAUUCUACUGUUGUCCGCCACGUUAUAUGGAAUACCAAAAGGUGAAGGAAGAAGUCCCGCAAAAAUAAGCAAGUGGAUAAAAUGAUCUGUACUUUGAGCCAGGAACGCUGACAGUUUCAGCCACAGUCGAGACCAAAUCAGCAUCAAUGAAGCCAUGUGAUUGGAAAAGCUCAUCAGGAGAGAGGGGGGCUGGGAUACUUAUACGGCGAAUUACCCCCCGCGUUAGAUUUUGUUUCAUGCCAACACACGAAGCAACAAGACGUUAUAUGCGGAAUAAAAGGCAUAUAUGAAUUUCCGAAGCCACGUUCCUUUCUGCUGGUUUAUUUCUGUCAAGGGUCGGAACAGCGUACAGCCCUUUAGUGCUGGACGAGUAACAGGUGCCAGAUAAAGCUUGGCCGAUACUUCAGUGCCUUGCCAGUGUUGAGAGAGACAGAGAGGAAUUACAAUGGGAAAUCGGAAUUUAAUUCACAGCCCAAGAUUAGCCAAUUUCGAGUCGUAACAAAAUAUUUGGGAUGUAAAGAACGUUGAAAAUGUGUUUAUCUGGGUUCUCGUGGUGGAUGCCUGUACUCUGCCUGGCAGGUGUAUCCCUUGGUGUUCAAGUGACCAUCUCUGAGUAUAAAAAGAUAGCCAUGUUGUUCCAGCCUGUGGUUCUGCAGUGCCAGUACUCCACCACAUCUGUCCAGCAACCUGUUGUGCAGUGGCGAUUUAAGUCGUACUGCAAGGACCGAACCAGAGAUGCCUUCAGUAUCCGCAGCACAGCCACGUACACCGUCAGCCAGAAGGAACAGCUUCCCGCCUGGGACCCGUACCUGGACUGCGCAGACAACAGCCGCACGGUCCGAGUUGUGGCUUCCCGCCAAGGUUCUGCUGUCACCUUGGGUGACUACUACAAGGGGCGGGAGAUCACCAUAAUCAACAAUGCUGAUCUCCAGAUUGGACAGUUGCACUGGGGAGAUAGUGGAGCUUACUACUGUUCAGUUAUCACUUCAGAUGAUAUUGUGGGUAACAGUGAGGAAAGAAUGGAGCUUCUUGUCUUGGGUAGGAGUGAAGUGGUUGCAGAUCUGUUACCCAAUUUUGAUGUAGAGAUUAUGCCAGAAUGGGCAUUUGUUGGUUUAGUGCUCUCUGGAUCCUUCCUGCUCAUCCUCCUCCUCGCUAUAUGUUGGUGUCAAUGCUGUCCUCAUACCUGCUGUUGUUACAUCCGUUGCCCUUGUUGUCCGGAAUCCUGCUGCUGCCCUCAAGCCUUAUAUGCAGCUGGAAAAGCAGUGAAAGCGAGACACCAUCCCAACGUAGCAGCCUAUCCACCAUACUACAUCCCCAGUGUCUCUAGGAUACCAAUCUCAUCAAGUGUAAUGGACACCAAGUCUCUGCCUCCACCAGUACGUGUCGACACUGAUAUGGGGGAUUCUGUAUGCAGUGGAUACAGGAUUCAAGCUAACAAAGAGCGAGACUCAAUGAAAGUCCUUUACUAUGUGGAAAAGGAGCUGGCACAGUUUGAUCCCACUCGGAGAAAAUAUGAGCAGUGUAUGGCUUCGAGCAACAUGUCAGAGUUAAGUUCACUGCAUGAUCAGAACACCGAUUUCUGCCAGAACUUCUGCCAGGCUCGAAAACAAAUGCAACCUCCAGUUACUGACCAGGAUAUUGACUUGGCAUUCAGGGCUCAGCUGGUGAGAGGAUCGGGACAUUUCAAGAGCAAAGCAAAGAGAGACGGUGAAUGCUGCAAUAGCAGGUCGCGGUCUCGAUCUUGUGAAAGACAACGAAUUGAACUGCACGACAACGAACAAGCAAAGUCACUCGAUGAACUGGAAGAAUUUGCAGAAUCCUAUCAUUAUCGGGGAAGGAGAGGCAACUCCCUGGAGCCAGAACGACGAGAAAGGAAAGAGGCUGACAGAGGGCAGUAUUACAAGGCACUCAGAGACCGAUACCACAAUCAAGGGAGUUCCUUGGAUGAUUAUUACAACAAAAGGAUUCAGAGCAGGCAUGAACUCUAUGAAGCUGACCAAGGACAUAUUUAUAACAGUCAAAGGAAGAGAGAUAAGCAGGAAGAAUACCCAUUAAGGUGUACAAAUGAUGGCGGCAGAACCUAUGAUGAUGCUUUCAUGAACAGUGUUCUGGAGAAAAAGGCCAAAGGCAGAUCUUACAAUGAAAGCUACAGCAGUGAAACUCCUUCCAAAGCUAGUAUUAAGCGGGCUAAUGAGCAUUACAAUGGGAAAUCCUCCAGUUACAGGACAGAAGAAGAAGAGACACUGCCUCCUUAUACUGAGAUGCAUUUACAGAAGAUUAGGGCAGAGGAAGUGCCAACAAGGGUCUACUAUCAUAAAAUGGAGAACGCUCAUGAGCGCAAAGAGCAAACAAGACAGAAGAAAACUAAUCUUUUCCCAGCCAGAGAUGCUCUUGUGGUGUAAAAGCAAAAAGGAGGAUGGGACGUUUCUGCCUCUAAGCUCAUGCUGUUUGACAAAGGGGAAAUGCCAUGGACUUCAGAAUGCUGACGACAUGUUUUGUGUUCAACAUGGGCCUCAUCAACGCUUGCUUAAACAUGUUGCACAACCCUGGGGAGCUGUCUGCCCCAGUUCCAUAUGUCCAGUAGUGUGAGUCUCUGGCAGAUUUGUCAGAUUGGUUUACAUGUACAGAACACUACAUUAAUAUGAUAGCUUCUAUGGUAUUACUCUGGAAUUUAGGAAUCAUCUCUUUGUAUCUAGUGACUGAUUCAGUUUAGCUGAGUGUGGCCAUUAGCAUACAAUUUACCAUGUAUCAAAUACAAGCCUGAGAAUCAAAGAAUGAUAGGACACAACUAAAGAUCAUGCUGGCUUUCUGAAGGGACGAGCCAAUUUGUCACUUCCAUAUUUGCUUUUCUUUCAUAGUUCUAAUAUUUACUGUUUUAUUAUGUUGACCCUAUUACCUCUAUAGGGUAUCAAGUGACAUGUCGAACAAAAGACUCUAAACCAAGGUUUAGUUCAGUACAACUUAAUCUGUAUUAGAACUUGGGUAACUUUAAACAUGCAUGCAAAUAAUUGACUCCUAAUAACUUCUCAUUUACUUUACUAUUUCAACAUCACUUCUUAAACUAAAUCACAAACUCAUGACUUGGAGUCAGAUAUGAAUGAAUGGCCAGAUUCACUCUGGGGGUAGGGGGUAGUCUCAGGUCCCUCCUUCUUGUGAUGGUUGUUCCCAGCUUGUCGCUGCCAAUGCCCCUUCUUUUAUACUAAUUUUCCUUCCAUCUUCAAAAGGACGUCUUUGUUCCAACCCAAGGCUCUCAUGGCUUUACAGUCAAUCAUUUCAACCUGUCACUCCUCCAAGGGCUGAAUAAACAAAACACAUCUUCAUUCCUUAUCAGGCGAGGGAGUUCUUAAUUUUCUCCCCCUCCCAUUCCCAAUCCGACCUCUCUGUCCUGGGUCUCCUCCAUUGCCAGAGUGAGCAACAGCGGAAAUUGGAGGAACAGCACCUCGUAUUCCGCCUGGGGACCUUGCGUCCGGAUGGCAUUAACAUUGAAUUCUCCCAAUUUUGCUAACCCUUACUGUCUCCUCCCCUUCCUUAACCCUUGAGCUGUCUCCUCCCACCCUCCUAUCCGCCCGCCCUCGGGCUCCUCCUCCUCCCCUUUUCCUUCCU